ACAAGCAUAAAAAACCAUGAGCUCCUUCAUGUUCUAUUAUCCACUUGUUUCUUUUGCUUUCUUCUUCACUCUCAAGCUCCUUCAUCAAUCUAGAAAGUUCAAAAACAUCCCACCCGGUCCAUUUUCUCUUCCCAUAAUCGGCAACCUCCACCAGCUCACAAAACCACUUCAUCGUGCCUUUCACAAAAUUUCCCAACGUUAUGGCCAAAUCUUUUCUCUUUGGUUUGGCUCUCGUCUCGUGGUCGUCGUCUCAUCUCCGUCCGCAGUCCAAGAAUGCUUCACCAGAAACGACAUUGUCCUGGCGAACCGGCCUCGGUUUCUCGCCAGUGAGUAUAUUGCAUACAACAGCACCACCGUAGUUUUUUCUCCCUACGGCGACCACUGGCGAAACCUUCGCCGCAUCACGGCGCUCGAGGUGCUCUCCACGCACCGUCUCAACAAAUUCUUGGAAAUACGCAGAGACGAGAUGAAGCGUCUGGUGCAGAAGCUUUCUCAAGGCUCAUGUAACCAUUUUGAGAAAGUGGAGAUGACAUCAAGGCUUUCAGAGAUGACCUUCAACACUAUGAUGAGAAUGAUUUCUGGAAAGAGGUAUUGGGGAGAUGACAAUGAAGUUAGGGACGUGGAAGAGGCAAGCAAGUUUCGAGAGAUGAUAAAAGAAGUAGUGCCUUUAGGAGGGGCAAAUAAUCCUGGAGACUUCUUGCCCAUACUGAGAUUGUUUGACUUUGAUGACUUAGAGAGGAGGCUCGAGAGUUUGGCUAUGAGAAUAGAUGGUUUCUUACAAGGACUCAUUGACGAGCAUAGAAAUGCAAAGCAGAGAGCCAAUACUAUGAUAGAUCAUCUUUUGAGUCUCCAAGAAUCACAACCUGAGUACUAUACGGAUCAGAUUAUCAAAGGCCUCGCUUUGGAUAUGCUUUUUGCUGGCACGGAAACAUCAGCUGUAACUUUAGAGUGGGCAAUGUCUAGUUUACUAAACAAUCCUAAUGUAUUGGAAAAUGCAAAGAAAGAAAUAGACUCGCAUAUUGGGCAAGAACGGUUUAUAGACGAGCCAGACAUUCCAAAACUACCAUACCUGCAAAGCAUAAUCUCUGAAACACUUCGACUGCAUCCUACUGCACCAUUGUUGGUUCCACACGAGGCUUCAAAUGACUGCACUAUAGGAAAAUAUAAUGUUCCACGUGGCACUAUGGUAUUAGUGAAUGCUUGGGCCAUCCAUAGAGAUCCCCAACUGUGGGAUGAUCCGACGAGUUUCAAGCCAGAGAGGUUUGAGAAGGAAGGAGAAGCAAGCAAGCUAAUUCCAUUUGGGUUGGGAAGGCGAGCAUGUCCUGGAGCAGGGUUGGCUCAGAGAACAGUGGGAUUGACUUUGGGAUUGUUGAUUCAAUGCUUUGAAUGGAAAAGAGUAAGUGAGGAACAAAUAGAUAUGAGAGAAGGAGCAGGGAUCACCAUGCCAAAAAUGAUUCCCUUAGAGGCUAUGUGUAAAGCACGUCAUCCAAUCAUCAACAAGCUUUCUUCCCAAAAUGUUGCGGAGGAUUGCUAAACUAAGGAAUGGUAUCUGGGCAUAGCAUGGGAUUAAUGUGAAAGUUCCAUAUUAUAGAAGGCGCACUUUCAGUAUUUGGUACAAUCUAGCUACUUGUAUUACGUUCAGCGAAUGGGAACAUGUGCACACCAAUAAUUCCCUUAUAUAUAGUUGUUUUUUCACAUUUCGUAUAAAUUUAUUCUCUCUGUAGUUUAAUCACUUUACCUUUAUUGUUUAUUAUGUACUUAUAUUGUAUUAUAGGUAUUUUCCA